GUGCCUACGCAGCCAAAGCCCUUCCCAUGCCAUUUGUGCACACGGAUCUUUUCUCGCAAACACGACCUUCAACGACACAUCCGCGUGCACACGGGUUCGAAGCCAUUUAUUUGUAUGAGCUGUCAAAAGGCCUUUGCAAGGACAGACGCGCUAUGUCGCCAUUACAAA